UAUGUUGUCUAAUACAUGCUUGACGAAAUAAAUAAAUAAAUAAAAUAAAACUCCUCGGAUAGCUAUUGUGUACACUCACACAGACCGAUCCCUGGGCAUGGGUUGUCUGAAAACAUCACAUCCCUCUGUGUAUGUAGGGCUGAUUUGCAAGAUUUGCUCGCCCGCGAAAGGAAUAUGCCUGGGCUGAACAAAGAGGUGUAGUAGAUAAGGUAUGAAUGUGUGUCUCAGAACAACUCAUUCAGGGUAAUUUGAAUGGAUUUUCAGCUCUCUUGAGAUGGUUGAAGGGCUUUGGCUAACACGGAUCUAUAAUGUGGGCUCUUAAGAAUGUUAACAGUAACAGAGUUGGAAAGGACCCUGGAGGUCAUCUAGUCCAACCCUCUGCUCACGCAGGAGACCUAUACUAGGGAUUCGAACCGUCGAAUGGCAUAGUUUUGCAGUUUUAGACUUUGCCCUUACACAAAGUUACCCCAUAUUUAGAUGGCGAUGUAUGUAAUUUAGCUUAUUCAAAACAUGGUGAGACAGUCAUGUUAUGUUUUGGAAAUUUUCUGUUAAGUGGAACAUUGGAAUCCUGUUCCACAAUUCUUCCCUUAAUAGCCCCAGUAGCCAUGAACCUGUUUUCAGUGGCUCUGUACUAGUUCAGGUACUUAAAUGUAAAUGGAUCAAUCUAAUAAAGAAAUUGAAUUUUUUACAUUGUUGUUUUAAACGUAGUAUAAUAGUAAAAUAAUUUUUGAAGAUCAGUGCAUCAGACAGAUCUGCUUGUUGCCUUUGAGACUCACCCAUUUGCAAUUUUCCUCUAAAUGCACUUCAAAGUGUAGUGGUAUUUAUAGGCAUCAUACCCCCACUCAAGCUUAUUAUAUUCAUGCUGUCUGUGGUGGGUGGCCGCCUAUUUGUAAUGGGGAGGAAAGAAAAAUGUUAUACCACUUCUGUUGUGAUCUCUUAGCCACUUCAGCAAUCUGCUAUACAUUAGAGGCAUUCUUGUUAUCCUCUUACAGUAUUUUAGAAAUCACUGCAGAGAAAUGGUCACAAUGUAGAGAUUCUGUGGAAAAUGAAAGGGUUAUCCCCAAUGAGCAUGGUCAUGCUUUGUUUUCUCAUGAAACUGAGAAUUAAAGAAUAAAUUUAUAUGUUUUAAAUGUAGAGGAACUGUAGUUAAUUGUGACAGUUUAAUAUUUGCUCUGAUUUUAUUUGUGUAGAAAUAGAUGAGAUUUCUUAAUCCCAUUUAUACUACUGACAUAUUAGUUUAAAUAUUAAUACCAGUACAUACAUUCCUCCAAAUAUUGAUAAAAUGUAACCAAAGUGUAACAACUCUUGUUUAUAGUUCAGUCCUCUGUAUGUAUACAUUCUAUGGUUAAUGUUGCUUAUAGACACAAAACCAUACAUAAACCACAAAAUAGGAAAUAAGUCCUUUCAAAUUUAGAAUAUUUUGCUGAUGAGUCUGGUUUUUUUUCUGAGCUUAGUUGUUUUCUUGCAGAGGUCUCAUUAUCCAGACUAGUAACAUCAGUGCUUGCCUUAUCUGUGUUGGUGGGAGUGGUUUUGGAAGGUGUUUGGUUGAACCCUUUACUGUUACCUUGUUUGGCAGUUCCUUGAUUGGGGUAUUGAUUACUUCUUGAAUGUAAAUCUGGUGUUAAUCUUGGAGUUAAUCUAUGCUCUUCAGAGUACUGAUUGCUGAUGGGGAGGUAUUUUGAUCUUUUAUUCUUGUGAUUGGUUAAGAUUUAUUAUCAUAGUUUUAACAGGGAAACUAACCAUCCUAGACCAAGCCAAAUUCAAAAAUGCUAGAUAAUUCUUAGAAGCCUGGCACUUUAACAAAUUGGCCAUCAAUAGACAUAAUCAACAUCUACAUGUGUGCAAAAGCCAAAAAGGGAACAAAAACCCAGGCAUCUCCUCACUGUCAUUCAUCACUCUGAUGAUCAUAGAUUAACACCAAGAUUAACAUCAGACCAAGACCAUUCCCACCACAGGGCAUGCCCCUAGAAUAUAAAUUGAGAGCAAACUCUAGUUCUUACUAUCACUGAUGAUGUUUAGUUUGGGUAAUGAAACUUCUGCAAGAAAACAAGCAAGAGGACACCAAUGACCCAUCAUUUCAAGCCUGAGCUACAAAUAUUCUCCUCUAUUGGAAUAUUUGCUGUUUGUCACAUCUUUUUGUUCACUUUUGACAGGUAGGAUAUUUAGACCUUAUGUAUUCUGAUUACAAUUUUUGCAGAUAAAAAUUCUUAUGGAAAGAGAAUUUCUUAAGUAUAGAUUUAUGUUUUUAGCUAGAUAAUUUUAGAUUAUUGAAGUUAUGCGUCCAAUUGAGUAAGCAUUAAAUUUUAUUUUUAAUUUUCACUACUGCACUGCUAAAUCAUAAUUCUUAAAAUAAAUGACUACUCCUAGUACGGUAGCGGGAAUGACCAUUAGUGUAACUUCUCUAGUGGGGAUGACUAAACAAAGUGUACAGGAUUUGUGGUUUAUUUAGUGUGUGCAAAUAGAGAAGUCUUGUGCUACUUUUGUAACAAAUUACAAUUCGAUAACCAUGUUCUUGAUUUUUUUAUAACUUGUUCUUGGUGGGAGAAAGUGACAAGGAUCCUCUUUUCCAUUUGUGCUAAAUAUACAAUGAAAGGAGAUUUCAUGGAUUCUUUAUCACCUGCUAAAAGGAACACUACAAAGAGACUGACUGAACUAGUCAUGGUCUGGAAUCUUUAUUUUACAUACUUGAUGUUUUAUCAAAUAUGUCAAUACAGACUGCAAUUUAGUUUUUGGGAUGCUUUAAGGAAAGCUACUUCCUUAAGGUAGAUGUUGUGAAGCUUGAUUUCUGGAUUUAAUUUCUGGAAGUAGUCCUCAUUUGACUGGACACCUGAUUGCUGCAAUGGAUCAAAACAACAGUUUACCACCCUAUGCUCAGGGCUUAGCAUCCCCACAGAGUGCAAUGACUCCAGGCAUCCCUAUUUUUAGUCCUAUGAUGCCCUAUGGCACUGGGCUCACACCUCAACCUGCUCAGAGUACCAACAGUUUAUCAAUCCUGGAAGAACAACAGAGGCAGCAGCAACAACAAGCAGCAGCACAGCAGUCCAGUUCACAACCAACACAAGCAGCAUCUGGUCAAACCCCACAGCUCUUCCACUCACAGACUCUUACAACUGCCCCUUUACCAGGAACCACACCUCUCUACACCUCUCCCAUGACUCCCAUGACCCCCAUAACGCCUGCCACCCCUGCUUCCGAAAGCUCUGGGAUUGUACCGCAGCUGCAGAAUAUUGUGUCUACAGUAAAUCUUGGUUGCAAACUCGACCUCAAAACCAUUGCCCUUCGUGCUCGAAAUGCUGAAUACAAUCCCAAGCGUUUUGCUGCUGUAAUUAUGAGAAUUAGAGAACCAAGAACAACUGCCCUUAUAUUUAGUUCUGGUAAAAUGGUGUGCACAGGAGCUAAAAGUGAAGAACAGUCCAGGCUGGCUGCGAGAAAGUAUGCUAGAGUUGUACAGAAGUUGGGCUUUCCUGCAAAAUUCUUGGAUUUUAAAAUUCAAAAUAUGGUGGGCAGUUGUGAUGUAAAAUUCCCCAUCAGACUUGAGGGAUUAGUUCUUACGCAUCAACAGUUUAGCAGUUAUGAACCAGAAUUGUUUCCUGGUUUAAUCUACAGAAUGAUCAAACCAAGAAUUGUAUUGCUCAUAUUUGUUUCUGGAAAGGUAGUUUUAACAGGUGCAAAAGUCAGAGGUGAAAUUUAUGAAGCAUUUGAAAAUAUUUAUCCUAUUUUAAAAGGAUUCAGAAAAACGACGUAACAGUUCCAUGUGUUUAUUCAUGAAGCUGGAGCACAUUUUUAAAGGUAUUGAUUAUGGCACAGCAGUAACACACACAUCAGGACUUGGAAUCUUUUCCCAGAUAGUGCCUCUUUCCCUGUUUUUCACGGGAAGGGAACAUAUCAUUGUGUGUUUCGUCUGCACUAAGUUACUGUGCAUUGCUUCACCAUGUUCUCACACAAGAAAAACUGAGCUUAUUUAUAUUUCUGGCUCUUAAAAUGGCUAAUUUUUAAAAUCUGAGUGUCUUAUGCUGGCAAACUGGUUCAACUGUAUUAUCCAACAUUUAAAACUCUGGGGUUACUUACAGUAUUCUUUCAACCGUGGAUUUUAUAAUCAGAAACGUUAAUUUUAUGCUUUUAGACCUACUUCCACAUUCCCUACAUUUCCAGUGUUCAGCAGGACAGAAACUUUGCUAGUGAAGACAGAUGGCUGUAUAUAUUAUUUUGUGAAGCAAUUCUAAAUGUAUAAUUACUUGACUAAAUAAUUUGAAUAGUAAAAUUUGUGGUCAAUCUUUGCUUUUGCUGUUUUAAUGUGCUAACUGCAUGCAUAUAGCUAAAAUAACUUGAUUUUUAUAAGAUUUUUUAUUAACAAUCCAGUAUUAAAGUAAUGUUUUGCCA